AUGGCCCUGGCAACGAGACAAGAAGGCUCCUAUAUCAGCAAAUAUGCCUUUCCCCUGCCCAAGUACAUCGACGCCGCCCGAUUCCGGCGAGCCUGGCAGAGGACGCUGUUGCUGUGCACGAACCUGCGUACGCGAAUGGUCUUUUUCGGCGGUUCAUCUUACCAGGUUGUCGUCGAAGAACCUGUUGUCUGGGACGAGACCUUGGGAAGCACCGUGGGAUCGGCUAUCAACGCGAUGAACACCGCCAAGAUGACGUACGGCUCGAAGCUAUGCCGCUACGGAUUAGCCAAGGGCUCUGACGACCAGGACUAUUUCAUCUGGCUCAUCCAUCAUUCCAUCUACGAUGGCUGGUCGAUGCGCCUCAUUGUUGAAACGCUCCAUCGUCUGUACUAUGGAGCCGAAAUCCCGCCCAUGUCCCCCUUUUCGGGAAUCAUCGAUUACGUGCAGAACAUGGACCUGGAAUCCACUGGCGUUUAUUGGAAAACCCAGCUCGCCGACGCGAAGAGACCGACUUUUCCUCUCAUUCCGUCCGACAUGACAACUUCGUCGACGAAUAACGGCGCCGCGGGGACGGUGACACGGCUCGAGAACCACAUGAUUCCCCUACAAGACUCAACUGGAGUGGCAUUGACCAAAGCAACUGUCAUGCGCGCCGCGUGGGCUUUGCUACUGGCGCGAUACUGUGAUUCGGAUGAUGUUUGCUUCGGCACCACCGUCUCCGGUCGUCAAGCACCUGUCCGGGGCGUCCAGAGGAUUCCUGGUCCGCUCAUUGCCAGUGUCCCUACAGGAUUCUCGGCUACCCAGACGUUGCCGGCCUUCGCGUAUUGCUUCCUUUGA